AUGAUGAGCGACUCAACGGAAUUACUUUUGGAAACAUUAUGGGAUGAUCUUCCUCCAGAGGUCGAAAAUCUUCUGGAUAGUUCUGAGGCCUACAAAACCGAAGCGCUGAAUUUUCUCACUAAUUUGUUAAAUCAGGAUAGGUCAGAGACUUUACUUUCAACGAAUGUGAAACCAAGCUCCGAAAGCGAACAUCCGGGACACACUCUGAUAGAACAAAUUGCAGAACUAGAAUCAUCUCAACGAGUCAUAGAAUCGCAGGCUAAGAAAUGUGUCUAUUCAAACCUAAACAAGUCGUUAAAACUGAAUAAGGUUUAUAAUGAUUGUGUUUCUAUGUUCAGAAAUGAUUUCAAUGAAUGCCGCGAAUUUCUAUCCACCAAUUUCAGCAAAACAGAAGACGCUAUGGACACUCAGCAAAAAUCCGAAGAAAGCAAUUGGAAAGACUUACUAAAAACUCAACAUCAGUACUCCAAACAUGAACAACUACAAGAAAAUCGACAAUCAUCGUCUGUCAUUUUGAGCAAGAUGGAUAAUAUCAUGGACAUUUUAGAGCUGCCUGCUCUCGCUAAUGCUUGUGUGAAGACAGGUCAUUAUGCCGAGUGUGUAGAAAUCGCAUCACAUGUGCGAAGACUGUCAAUUAGGUAUUCAGACAUCGCUAUCGUACAAAGGGUAGAGCAUGAUGUUCAACUCGAGAUAAGAGAAAUGGUGAAUGGACUCAUCCGUUUGCUAAAUACUGAUCUUCGCCAAUCUUCGAUCAUAAAGAUUGUCACUUAUUUGAAGCGCAUAGGACCGUUCCAGAAAAGGUUUAAAGAGCAGGAGGAGAACAAAUUGGCUCAGGAAAAGGAUACAGAUCUGGUCAGUAACGAAUUUCUGCAGAAGAUCUUCCUAAAAUCUCGUUACCAAUUCAUCUCGAAUGAGCUCGAUGUGCUGAUUCCAUUGAAGAAGAGCAACUCUAUCGAUAAUUAUUUAAAGCGAAGUGUUGAAGUAAUCAGAGAGCACUGCUUUCAGACUGUCUUGACCUUUGAGUCUAUAUUUCCGAAUGAUAACAACAAGGCAGUCAAGAAUCUCCUUUAUUCUUUUAUCAAAUCUAUAAUAUACCGUUUAUGUGAAAUAUUGAAAGAGAAUUGGAGCCAGGUUGGAGCUACAAAUAAGGAUGGAUUACUUCUACAACUCAUCUACUGCUCGCAAAGUCUCGGGAGAAUUGGCGGAGAUUUCAAUGUCAUAAUUCUAGAUCAGCUGAAAGACUUGAUUGAUAGAAAGAAUUGGUGUGCUGUUUUAAGGAAACAACGUGAGCUGAUCAAAUCUUUGAGCAAAAACAUUAACGAACCGAACGUUGACAAACCUAUCGAGGUGUAA